AUGGUUUGCAACGAUACCUACGACGGGGAUCAUGUCGAAAUCGAAGGAGCUGAUUUCGACGCUUCAGUCAAAGGCGAGCCUUCCAACAAUACCGAUGAGCUAGAAAUGACAUUGCAUGCGCUUUUGACUGAGUCUAGCGAUCACCAUGAAGUUUCUGAUCCUAUACAUAGUGCUAUCGAAAAGAGUAUUGCUGAAAUGGAGCUUCCUGAAAUGAUGAUCGAUACUCCCGGCGACUGGGAUUCUCUGGGAGAUGGAGAAGGAAAUUUUGAACAUUUGGGACACACAGAGGGCGAUCACAGUAGUAGCAUUGCACAACUGACCGUGGAUAGAAUUCUUGCUGAGCAUACUUUGCAUGGCGUGGAAGUCACGGAUAGGGUAAAAAGAGGAAUACAAGAUGAAAUAGAACAAACUUUGGGCAACAUACAAACCAAGCAAGCAACUGAAGACGCUCCUAUCAAUGGGAACAGUGCCGAUGAGCACACGCAUAAGACUUCAGGUGUGUACCAAACGUUGACUCCGGCAAGUUUGUCUCCUACUUCGGACACUGAGUCCCAAUACAAGCAUAAGAAGCAUCAGCCCCAUUCGUUGAAGACUCCGGCUGCAAACACCAAGCAAAUUUCGACUUUGACGCAAAAAAUUCAUAAAUCCACAACGGAGCAGCCCGUCAAGUUCUCUCAAGAAUUCACAAUGGCCCAAGUUGCCGACGUGAAAAAGAGAAUCAUCAGUACGCAUAAGCUCCUGCUUAACUUCAAUUUCCUUAAAGACGGAUAUGCUAGGACCAGCGUGGAAUUGAAAAGAAGCCUGUUGAGAUUGAAGCAGAGUGAAAUUCAUAGAGCUCACCUUUUGCAUGAAAAUGAGCAACUCAGAAGACUAGUCAUCGAACAAAGCGAAAAAUUGGACAUUUCGGACGUUUAA